CAUGAACUUGAACAUUGACACGCUGGUAUUUUCCAGGGUCCAUGGCACCGCAGUGAAUGUGAACAAAACCACUUUGGCACCAUUUUUUUGUUUUCCAUGGUAGCUCCUGUCUUCCUGUCGCCAUAGGAGAGUUGUUCGCUGGAAUUGCCAUUCAAGUCACUCAUUAGUACUUUUUGUGUAAUACACUUGCAAUUCCGGUACACUCUUUUCUUUCGCUGAGGUUGGAAGCCUCGUGGCUGCUGCACCUUCAACCAUUUUCAAGAUGUUAUUCCACGGGGCAGCUUUGCUGUUCCUGUUGGCAUUUGUGCAGCUCGCAUUAUGUGUUGAGGACUACUAUAAAAUCCUCGGGUUGAACAAGCAGGCGAGCGACAAACAGAUCAAGUCGGCCUACCGCCAGCUCAGCAAGAAAUACCACCCCGACAAGAACCCCAAUGACGACACCGCCAAAGAUAAGUUCGUCGAAGUCUCCGAAGCCUACGAAGCCCUCAUCGACCCAGAAUCGCGGCAAAUCUACGACAAAUAUGGCCACGAAGGCCUAAAGCAGCGCGGUCAACAAGGAGGACACCACCACGACCCCUUCGACCUGUUCAGUCGCUUCUUCGGCGGCGGCGGUCACUAUCAACGAGGCCAGCCGCGCGGGCACAACAUCGAAAUCAAAGUAGCCAUUUCCCUGCGCGACUUCUACAACGGGCGGGACACGGAGUUCCAAUGGGAAAAACAGCAAAUUUGCGAGGAAUGUGCAGGGACCGGGUCAAGCGACGGUGUCGUCGAUACGUGUCACCACUGCGGCGGUCACGGCGUGCGUAUUAUCAAGCACCAGCUUGCGCCGGGCAUGUUCCAGCAAGUCCAGACGCAGUGCGACCAGUGCGGCGGCCGAGGCAAGACCAUCAAGCACAAGUGUCCCGUGUGUGGCGGCAACCGCGUCGUGCGGCAAACGAUAACAGUACCGCUCCACAUCGACCGGGGGGCGGCGCGCGACUCCAAGAUUGUCUACGAGAAUGAAGCCGACGCUAGUCCGGACUAUAUCGCCGGUGAUCUGAUUGUAACGCUGGUGGAGAAGGAGCCCGAUAUCGAGCAGGACAACCCGGAACACGUCGACGGGGUCUUCUUCCGCCGUAGGGGCGACGAUCUGUUCUGGCGGGAGGUGCUCUCGCUCCGGGAGGCGUGGAUGGGCGACUGGACGCGCAACUUGACACAUCUGGACGGGCAUAUUGUGCGGCUGGGGCGGAAAAGGGGCGAGGUGGUGCAGCCGGGGCAGGUCGACACCAUUGAAGGGGAAGGGAUGCCCGUGUGGCACGAGGACGGUGACUCGGUUUACCACGAGACCCAGUUUGGGCGGCUCUUUAUUGAAUACAUCGUUGUGCUACCAGACCAGAUUGAGAGUGGCAUGGAGAAGGAGUUUUGGGCGCUUUGGCAGAAGUGGAGGGGUAAGAUCGGCGUGGAUUUGCAUAAGGAUAGUGGGAGGCCUGAGACGCCGAUACCAGCGGGGAGUGAACAACAUGAUGAACUAUAAAUGAGCAUAGAUGAUACCUACAUGCCUAAUACAGGAUUGUGUUUUAAC